AUGGCGACUAGCGAUUUCGACGUGGAGCAUUUCGAGCGAAGACUCCAAUCACUGAAGGAUUCCCAGGAGUCUAUACAGGGACUCUCCGCGUGGUGUCUGGAGAGAAGACAACAUCACAAGAAGAUCGUCGCCACUUGGCUACAAGUUUUGAAGAAAGUAAAAGUGGAACAUCGCCUCACAUUGUUCUACUUGGCCAACGAUGUUAUUCAGUAUUCAAAGAGAAAGAACUUUGAAUUUGUGGAAUCGUGGGGCACUACUCUGCAACGCGCGACGACAAUGGUGCGAGAUGAAAAAGUGAAGCAUCGUAUACUGAGAAUCUUCAAGAUCUGGGAUCAGCGGCAGAUCUACAACGAGGAGUUUCUCACCGAUCUGUCUGGCUUGAUCUCAGCAGCUCCGAAGAAGAAACUCGAGCCCCAGCCGACUGCUCCAAAUGACGAGUUUCAAGCAGCUUUGCUGAUCUCAACGAUGAGGUCCUGCGCGACCCUGGAGCAGGCGACUGACGCCAGACUGCGCGAUUUGCGAGAAAGUAACAUAGACAUAGAAAACGCGGAGGAAUUGUGUUCGUCGUUAAAAGAUAGAAGGCGCGUCGAGGACGCCGAGAAGGAGGUCGAAUUAGCCGUACGGAAUGUUGAGAAUUACGUACGUGCUUUGGAAGCAGAGAUUAGAGAAAGGGCGCAAGUGGUCGAUUUGUUGGAGCAGGCAGAUCAGUUUUACGAGACUCAGCGUGGGGAAGUUAAAAUAGUGUCGAAUGCAUACCGUAAUUUCGGUAGUCGUGUGAAAAACCUGAAGAAAAAACUGGACGAACUGUUGCCGACUUUGGUCUCCCCGAUACCGUCGCCCGACGUGAACGCGCCUUCGCCAAGUCCCGACAGUGACAUAGAACUUCCGGGAGAUGAAACUCAAGUGACGAAUCAGUCGGGAAUAAUCGAGGUGGCGCCGCCGACUCUGUACGGAUCUUAUACUCAUGAAUACGAUCCAAUACCUGUACCUGCUCCCGAGAUGGUACAGGGCAACGAGUCCGGGGACUUUACUAAUAACUUUCCUUCUUUUAUGGGAGGAAAUAUGGAUUUUGGUAACAUGAGAAAUUUGUUCAACGAAAGGUCCGCGACGCCUUCUGGAAUGUCUCAACAGUACAAUGACUCUAUAGAGGCGAAACCUAUAGAAGUGAUUAAUAUGAGACCCUCGAAGAACGAGAAGAGCAAUUCGGAGUUCAAUGUAUCUAGUUUCCUGAAAACGCUCCUUCCGUCUUCCGACGGGACACCGGAUCCGGGUGCCAUACCGGGUUUGGGCUUGGACGUAUCUGAAAGUCAAGUGGAUUCGCCGCAACGCCCUAACUACAAUCAUUCACCUGUGUUAGGGCAGCUUCCUGCAACACCUGUGAUCUCAAGAAUGAUCGGUAGUCAGGGUGCAUCAUCCCUCGGCGGUUUGAACAACUGCCAGAUGAGUCAUAGUACCCCGUUGCCCGUUCGCAAUUUGUCCAGUGAAUCACACACACCUUCUCCGUAUUCCAGUCAAAACAGUCAGAGCAAUAUAACCGGUCCCUUCGACGGUCCCACCAACACCAACACGGUUAAUCCUUUACCUCCUCCACCUUUACCUCCUAUCUUUCUCGAUGACGAGAACUGCUAUAACAAGCUGCCGCCCAAGUUUCCCACAUGGACACCGCCGAACGAGAGCGUCAAGGAGUCUGUCAAGUGGGAAGAGAAGGCAAAUUUUACUGUGUGUUCAGGAAAGAACAGCAUGAAUCCUCCUACGUGGUCUGAAGAAUGCGACGACAAGAACAAGAGCUCGUGGAUGGACGGCGAAGGGGACAGAUGGGACUCCAAUAACGACUCCACGUGGCCGGGCAGGACGAAAAACGAGAUACUGUCCGAGACUCCGGAAUCACCGCCUAUAUACGAGAAGGCCGGCUUCGUCGAACCGGUCGAGUAUAACGAGCCGCAACCGCAAGAAUCUUUGAAUGCCACCGGAGAUGUAGACCAUCGAGUGAUACCGAUUCCAUUGGCUAUCGAGAACCAGUUGCCAUAUCGUCUUAUGAAAGCGGCGGACGUGGAUCAUCGUAAUCUGAUUAGUCUUACCGGUAGUCCUGCGAACCACCACAAUCUUGGCGACUCGUCGCUCUCGUCUUUGCCCAAUAACAACAAUUUGUGGUCCACUGGCGAUCAAGAUUAUCGGCGACACAUGCAACCAGGUGAUAUUGUCGAAAGCGUAGAUAUGGAGAUGUCGGAUGACGAGAACGACAGCAAGCCUAAGGGCAGAGUUCUUGUCGAUCUGCGGUCGCAGGAUCGCGAUAUGCGUAUAGGCGUGUCGCUAUCGUCUUCGUCGCAUUUAGAUAUGGACAUGCGUAUGAUCCCCCUUCCCAUCGGACAAAUGCCCGGUUCGCGCGGUCAACUCGUGCAAGACGUUCGCCUGAUGCACGCGGGUCCACCUCCACCGCCUCCGCCGCUGCAGUUUCAUCAAAGUCAGAGCGGUUUUCGGCAAGAGCAGUCAGAUUUUCAUCGCGGCCAGUCGGCCGAUUUUCACUCGAAUCCAUCAAACUUCCAUCAGAACAGACCGCCACCUAACUUCCUGCAGAGCUCGCAGGAUUUUCAUCAAAAUCAACCAGACUUCCGUUCGCAUCAUCAAUCCCAGCAGGAUUUCCACCCUUCUCAGCAGGACUUUGAAUAUCGCGACAGGCAGCACGAUGUUCGCUCCAAGCAAGACUUUUUGACUGAGUCGUCGAACCGCGGCAGGUACUCGCAAUCGACGGAUCAUCAGCACCGCGAUAGUUUGUUGUUUCAUAGGAACGAUAGGAGCAAUCGUGGUAGUCGCGGGUUCCCUAGGAGUCGCCGGGAUCGAUAUUCCGACGAUCAUAUCAUGAAGCAACGCAAUCUGGUGAAUAGUCGCAAAUCGAGAUCGCAGGAUCAGCAAUUAUCACCUGAAAUUUUACCAAAUAGUCGGCCACUGUUGCUACAACCACCCGACACUGUCGUUAUUCUCGAUGACGAAGGAAUGCCGAUUGGUAUGUCGGAAUUCAAUCAAAGGGACAACACGGCGUCAUCGACCGUCGUUACGGCUCGAGAGUCUCAGGAACCUCAGGAACGCGAUGACAGCGAUCAGAGCGCGAUGUUGCCGACACGCCGGACGUCGCACGAUACUCCGAGCUCGCAGGAUUCCGAGCGCAACCAACAGCAACAACAACAACAACAACAACAACAACAACAAGGCUAUCCGGUAGGCUCAAGUCUCUCGUCUGAUCACGAGCGAGCACCGUCCUCAAUCGGGUCAGAUGAUCAGCAGCCGAUAAAUCAAGUGACAGUUAUUUCGAUAACGACGGACGUCAGCGACGUACAACAAAACCAGUAUGUUCCCAUUUCAGAAUACGAAGAGCACGUAGAUUUAGAACACUCGAUAGUCACGGAGAAGAUUACGAGUGACGAUAAUGGAUCGGUGCAUGAAGGUCAGGACACGAAUUAUGCAGAGAACGAGCGAUUGACGGGCGAGCAGCUGACGACAAGCACGAACAGCGAAUUGAAGAGGCCCUCUGCAAACGGCAGUUUCGACGAACAGACGCAUGAAGAUGGAAGUAACCCCAACAAAAAGAGAACUCUGUUGCCGAACGGACCGCAUAUUCCACUUGAUUGCGGCCCGAACGGCGGUCCCUCGCCGCACGGCACGUCGACGGAGUUGCACUCGGUGAUACACGAGUACGACGGUCACGGUUCGCCAUCACUAUCGCCGAACUACCGACCGCGCAUUGGGGUGCCGACGCCUUUCCCGCCCUGGCGAGGUGGACCGCCUCCCAGAGGCGGUAGAGGAGGAUUUAGAGGUGGACCGCGGGCUCCGUGGUUAGACAGGGGGCCACGCGGAGCUAGUAAUUUCCUACCGAGGGGACUGAAACGCGGUGGCGGACAGUUCCGUGGUAGUGGUUUCAGAGGCCGAGGACGAGGCAGUAAUUGGUAGAGAUAAACAUCUCGCCGUAAUCUCAUAUGAUUUAAUGACUACUGAUAGAAACUGCAGUCGUGACUCUACAGUCGAACUUGGAGAGAAAGAGAGAGAGAGAGAGAGAGAGAGAGAGAGAGAGAGAGGAAACGAUACAAGCGCUGCAUUCAUAGAGCAAGCGCCUUUUGUAUUCUGUAAAUAAGCGCACUGUCGAUUUCGUGGCAGCACGCGCGAUGCGUAGCUGUAUGAAUGACGAGUGCGCUCCUACACACAUACGUAUACAUGUUGUACGCAGAAGCACGCGCAGUCGUACCCAGACGGUAAGACCUUCCGUGUUGAAUGUUCACACAUACAUACGCACGCAAAUACACACACACACCACACACACACACACACACAUGUAUUCACAGAAAUACACACUAUACACUUCCGUGUGCGAUUGACUCGUCUAUAUAAAUAUAUAAAUAAACUAUCUAGAUAUAUACAUAAAUAUAAAUAUGCGCAUACAUAUAUAUGUUUCGUUAAGAACUUAGAAGUGUUAUCGAAGCGGCUUGCGCAUACAUAAAUACACGACUCACACAUUCAUCAAACAUAAUACACGCACGUGCGCAUGUAAUUGCUAUUAUCGAAUUCAAUAGUAAUUAGAGCCACGUAUGAUGACUCGAGGUGCGAUACGCUGAUUAGUCGCUCCGAUAAUGACCACGCUACACUACUUCCUCGUUUAGAUUUUCGUGUAAGAACUUGUGUUGUUCGCCGCGUAUGCGUCUAGAGAGGACAACGGGUUAAGGGCACGUGUCUCGACGUCGAGCGAAUCGACUCGUGUGUGUGUGGAAGAGUCGUUUCAGUGGGAGCUAGCGAGCGAGAUUGUGCGCUGCGAUUGACAACUCUAGAGCUAAUAGUUCCGCAGAGAGAAUCGCGGCGCUUCCAAUUCUCGACUGAGGGUCGCAUCGUACAUUCUCGAUCACAGGAAUCGAUUCCACGGGGGUUUCCUAUUAUUUCCCUCCCUCACCUACCACCCUUCCACGGAGAAAUCGCUUGUUCCCCUUCGUCCUCUUCUCCGUUUCCUCUUCCUCACUUGUCUGCGUUUCCUGCCAUUUGGUUGAGGUUCGUUUAUAAGAAGACGAAGGAAUGAAGAGACACAGGCGUAUCGAUGAAACCUUCAAAGUGUAUUAAUAAAAUAUAGUGUUUACGUUUUGGUUCGCUUCGUACAUUUUCCCUGUUAUUUCCGGAAUACACUACGUAGAUGAGUGUUUCUCGUGAUAGAUCGUACCACGUUCUCGUUCAUAAAACGGCAAUAAAUGAUUAAUUAUUCACUGAAUCAGUCUAGAACGUCGAUUUUCAAUUGUAUUUGUUUGCAAGAAAAAGUAGCAGUGGUUCGAUAUAUAAUGAUGUUGAUUCACGAAUAGGCUAUCGAUAAGGUGCUCUGUAAUUGCUAAUAUUUUUCUGUGGUUGUGAUCGGCAAAAGGAGGAAAUGUAAGAGGAGCGAGACUACGGGAUGAUAUGCUUGCUUUGUUAGUAAAGUACGGGCUGCUUCUCUAUCGUUUUGCGAUUGUUCAUCUAAUUAGAUGUUAUCGCGUACGUCCUUUUUGCGGAUGGGCGACGUAUCGUCGGUCGUAAAUAAGUUUAUAUAUUAAUAACAACAACCAAUAACCAUAAUAACAACAACAAUAACAACAACAACAACGUCUCGAUAUCGACCGACAUGUCGAUCGAUGUUGACUCCUUCGAUUUUGUCGACUAGUCAAUUUUACGUAUAUUUACGUUUCACCGAAAGCAAGCGAAUCGUUGCGGAGGAAGAGUAUAUACGGUACAUCGAUAGUGAGUGCGCACAGGAAACAAGUGUAGCAAACGCAAAAGAAUCCGUGGAACUAUAUGAUUGUUUAAUAAAAUAAUAACCGAGGACUCUUUCCUUCCAGCUCUCAAGUUGAACCGUAUUCCCGCAUUCGAUACAUACGCGACGCAUUUCGCUCUCGAUAAGUCACCAGGCCCGUAAAUGCAUUUAAUUACUAAGUACAUACAUAUAUAUAUAUAUACCGAUCGUACCUUUUUCUUUCACGAGAAGACGAGAGCGACAAGCGUCACAUGUGUGCAUCCUCGUCAUUGAUUUUCUUUCGUAGACGCGGCACACAGACGCGGAGGAAAAUGCGAUAUCACUUCAACUUAUCGAUCCGCCUUAUUACUCCUCGCCCGCUUUUUUCCCGAUCUUAUUAUGUAUAGUAAUGAGAGUUAAUCGUGGAAUCGGUAUUUAUCAGUCAGAGUGAGCGAACGAACGAGACGGAAAUUGAUCUCUCGAUCCUCCGCAAUCAAAGGAGAUGAGACGUGAAGAGAGGAGAGAAGAGAAGAGAAAGGGAAUGUAGGAGCGUGGAGAAGCAUGUAAAAUACGCGUCGAAUACGGUACAGAUGCGAUGUAAUAAAGGAUGGCGUGUACUGUUCGAUUAUAUAUUCAAAUAUUAUCUAUAUUACCUUCGUGAUGAUCUCUCGUCUCUUGUACUAUAGCGUCGAGAGAAAUCGCGCGAAAUUUCUCACGUGUUUCAAAGUUAUCGGGAUUUACGAUACAGACUGUCCCAAAGAGGUGUAAAUUGGUAGUAUAGAAUAGAAUAUACAUAUAUAUAUAUUUUUUUCUAUUCUUAUCGUAACUGUUUGGAAAACAGCGCGUCUCAAGUUGAAUGGUCAAGUUGAUUCAUCACGUUUGAUUGAAAAAUAAUGUCCCGUCAUUGAUUUCGACUCUGUCGUAUGAAUAAGUAAUUCGCAUAUUUGCUGCAACAAUCAAAUAUUGACGAUCGAUUAUAACAAAGUGACGUUAAUGACAUGUUUUAAUGAUCUUCAGUAAUUAUUGUAUACCUUUCCCUCAGCAAAGAUAUCCUUCAUUUCAAUCGUCCCAUUAUUUUACCGAGUAAUAAAAACAAAGAAUGACCUUAUGGUUAAGCCAAUUUCCCGUUGGUGAGACAAACAACGACUCGACUCUGAGAUCGAUGAUUCAAGAUUUAUCGACAAACGUGACUGAUUGAAUUUUUGUAAGAGUCGAUUUUUUCUUUUUUUUUAAGCACUACUACUAGUAUACAUCGUAUUUGAGGCAGCCUGUAUCCGCGCACACGCUACGUUGCUCCUUCCAAAUCUCGCACCUCCGUUGAAGUCAAGACAAUGGAACUGUCCUUGCCGAGAGAGUACAAAUUUCGAAAAGACGUCUCAAAGAUGUUCUAUUUUUUUUAUUUAGAUUUUUUUAGAAAUUUGUACUCUAUGGGUCGUUGUCUAGACCGUGGGAAUCAAAUUUAAAAUAAGGGUUCUAGCUAGAGAAGUGCCUUUCUUAUUGAAACGAAUCUUACAUCUUUUGUCAAGAGAAUAUAUGUACAACGUAUCAUAUUCUGAUGUAUAACAAAAUAUGCUGAGCGCUUCCGCAAUUUAAUUUAAUUAAGCGAAUCUACCCGAGCCGAUAUAAGAGAUUGAAGAAGAGAUAAAGAGGGAGAGAGAGAGAGAGUGAGUGAGUGAGUGAAUGUGUGAGAAGAGGGCAGAGUGAUCGAUCCGAAGUCCUAUUAAUAAGUGAGAUUUCGUUAUCAUAUUAAAUAAUCUUGUACACAUUAUGUAGAUUAAUUAAUGUACAAUUAUUUAAUUAUAGAUUAACGUUAACGUGUUUUAUAUCGUGAUAUAUAGAACAAUUAUGCAUACUGUGUAUGCGAAAAAUUUUGUACAUUGCCUAAUAAAAAUUGACUUUUAUAUAUAA